AUGGCUCCGAAAAUCAAUAAAAUAGUCAAUGGGCCGAUUCCGGAUUCGUUCUUAGCUGACGAGACUAAACGGUUGGAUUCUUUAAAGUUUGAUGGACAACGUUUGGAAGUUUUAGAUCAGCUUCUGCUUCCACACGAAUUCAAGUAUAUUCCAGUUAAUGAUGUUUCUGACGCUUUUAAUGUUAUCAAAUCCAUGCAAGUCCGUGGUGCUCCUUUGAUUGCCGUUGUUGGGAGUCUAGGUCUUCUUCUCGAAUUUAAUAAAAAUUCAGAAUUGAAUAUUGAAACUAUCCGUGAAAAGAUAGAGUAUUUGAUUACUUCUCGUCCAACUGCCGUUGACUUGAGAAACUCUGUAACUGGGUUGAUCCCUAUCUUGGAAACUGAAGGAAUCACAGAUGAUGAAAAGUUGGCCAAAUGCCAAGAAUACCUUCUCAAUGUCUACACUGCCGAAAAACUUCAGAACAGAAUUUUGUUAUGGAAUGCCUACCAGGAACUCCUCACAGCAUUCCCUGGGAAAGAAAAAUUCACAGUUAUGACAAUUUGUAACACUGGAAGUCUUGCUACGGUAUCCUGGGGAACUGCUCUCGGAGUCAUCCGCGCUUUACAUUCUGAGAACCGCCUCAAUCUUGCGUAUGUUCUGGAGACAAGGCCUUACAAUCAAGGAAUUCGAUUGACAGCUACAGAGCUUCUUCAUGGGCAAGUUCCCUUCAAACUCAUUACUGACUCGAUGGCAGCAUGGGCAAUGAAAAAUCAUCAACUAGAUUGUGUUCUCGUUGGAGCUGACAAUGUUGCCAGAAACGGAGAUACAGCGAACAAAAUCGGCACCUACAUGCUUGCUGUUCUUUGCAAGCACCACAACAUCAACUUCUAUCCAGUUGUUCCGUUUACUACAAUCAAUAAGAACAUUUCGUCCGGAGAGGAGAUUAAAAUCGAGGAGCGCGCGGCGAGUGAGCUGCUUCGAGUGAAUGGAGUGCUCGUUGGAAAUUCGGAAUGUCCAGUUUGGAAUCCAGCGUUUGAUGUUACUCCAGCUCAUCUUAUCACAAAAAUACUCACGGACUUUGGAAACUGGUCGCCUGCUGCACUGGAAGAACAAAUUCCUAGAUAG